UGUUUUGAAUAUUUUUCACAGAUUAGUAAAGACAUAAUUCCCACAAACAUUAUGAGCAAGGCAGACCAAGCUGCUUUGAAUGCCAUGAAGGCUAGGUUUUUCCUCUACUCUGGGUAUGAGAACGGAGAGAGUGUUGGAGUUGGGCUCAUGAGGAAAGCCUGUGAGUUAGAACCCGACAAUCCGGAAUUGAAAUAUCUCUUGGCCAAGAUCAUAAGGCAAGAGCGGAAAGAUGUUCCUUAUUCUAUGGAUAUACCUAGAGAGGAGCUUAUUUUGCUUGAGGAUGUAGUUUCGAAAUCAAGAAACCAGAAGUAUGUGGUGUAUUUUAGCUCAAGUCUAUAGAGAAUGUGGUGCUCAAGGUUUUAAGCAGUACAGAAACAAGGCAGGGUUUUAUAAUAGUCCGUUAUACGAUGCAAUUGAAGAUAUGUAUGACAGAUCAUUAAAACUUUACAAAGAAGCCUAUGAUAUGUCAUCAGACAGUCCCUCUGCACUUAGGAGAAUUGGAUAUGGAAUUAUGAAUUUACCCAAGAAAUUCACAGACUACGACUUUGCACUCAAAUGCUUGUUGCGCUCUUUGGAACUUUCAGAAAACAUGAUGACAUUGCAUGUACUGGGAACAUUUUAUCAUCGAUAUGGUAAUGACAAUGUUAAAGCCUUAGAAUACUUUGAAAAGACUACCAAAAAAGGGAGCCAUUGCGGUUUUAUCUGA